UUGCCCCCGGCUCUAUAAAUGCCCGGCUCCUCACCCGGAACAAGUUUCAAGCCCUCCUCUCCUCUUCCCAACACUAGUAGGAUAAAGCCACAGAGAGAGCAGUAGUAGUAGCGAGCUCGCCGGAGAACGGACGAUCACCGGAGAAGGGGGAGAGAGAUGAGCGGCGGUCAGGACCUGCAGCUGCCGCCGGGGUUCCGGUUCCACCCGACGGACGAGGAGCUGGUGAUGCACUACCUCUGCCGCCGCUGCGCCGGCCUCCCCAUCGCCGUCCCCAUCAUCGCCGAGAUCGACCUCUACAAGUUCGAUCCAUGGCAGCUUCCCCGGAUGGCGCUGUACGGAGAGAAGGAGUGGUACUUCUUCUCCCCGCGAGACCGCAAGUACCCGAACGGGUCGCGGCCGAACCGCGCCGCCGGGUCGGGGUACUGGAAGGCGACCGGCGCCGACAAGCCGGUGGGCUCGCCGAAGCCGGUGGCGAUCAAGAAGGCCCUCGUCUUCUACGCCGGCAAGGCGCCCAAGGGCGAGAAGACCAACUGGAUCAUGCACGAGUACCGCCUCGCCGACGUCGACCGCUCCGCCCGCAAGAAGAACAGCCUCAGGUUGGAUGAUUGGGUGCUGUGCCGGAUUUACAACAAGAAGGGCGGGCUGGAGAAGCCGCCGGCCGCGGCGGUGGCGGCGGCGGGGAUGGUGAGCAGCGGCGGCGGCGUCCAGAGGAAGCCGAUGGUGGGGGUGAACGCGGCGGUGAGCUCCCCGCCGGAGCAGAAGCCGGUGGUGGCGGGGCCGGCGUUCCCGGACCUGGCGGCGUACUACGACCGGCCGUCGGACUCGAUGCCGCGGCUGCACGCCGACUCGAGCUGCUCGGAGCAGGUGCUGUCGCCGGAGUUCGCGUGCGAGGUGCAGAGCCAGCCCAAGAUCAGCGAGUGGGAGCGCACCUUCGCCACCGUCGGGCCCAUCAACCCCGCCGCCUCCAUCCUCGACCCCGCCGGCUCCGGCGGCCUCGGCGGCCUCGGCGGCGGCGGCAGCGACCCCCUCCUCCAGGACAUCCUCAUGUACUGGGGCAAGCCAUUCUAGACGACCAAAAAAAAAAAAAAACAACCGCAUUGGCAGCAAUGGUGUCACUGAACACCGUGCAGGCUAGCUAGCUUCAUGGCCGGUGAACUUUGACUCAGGCGAGCCGCCGGAGUUGACUCAAAGAUAAUUAAAAGAAGUGUUUUAAGUGGAUUGGAUUGGAUUAGACAGAGGAGAUGAGGACUCGAGAAAGGCGGCGAUGAGACCGUGGUUGGGGGGACCCUGGCCUGGACUGAACGACGACGAGGCAGCAGCAGAAAGAUGGUGCAAUUGCAUCGGGUGGCAUGUCAGUGUGUGUGUAUAGUGGCAUGUACAUAGUACAUGGUGAUUGAUUCGGUAUACAGGGGGCUAGCUUUCCUGUUUCUGUUUCUUCAUUGGUUAAUUAUUACUCCCAUUAUAAGGUCUUCUUCAGGGUUGCUAGCUUAAUUAAUUAAUUAAUUAGCCCAGUGGUUGAAGUGUAAGUCAAAAUUCAUCAAGUCAGAGACUGGAAUAAUACAAUACAGUACUGUAGAUAUCUUUUUUUUUUUGGUA